AGGUCUUGGGCCCCUGGGCAAUUGCCUAGUUGCCCGUAUGGUUAAUCCGGCCUUGAUUAUGGACAGGAAAUUACAUACAAAACAACUUUUUGUUAUCUUAAGUUUACAUACAUUAUUCUUAAUGCACGUGCACAGAUAGACACUAGGUGGUGCUCAAGUACUUUUUACCUCAUUUUACUUUUCCUUUGGCACAUGACAUCACUUUUCACUUAAGCAAUACAGAAAGCAUGAUUGUGAUAAGCAAAUGUGAUAUUUAUUUUAUACAGUUGAAUAAAUAAUAGAUUAAAAUAAGUGACAAGUUUUAGACACAUAUUGAUCACUUCAGUUAAAGCAUUCAUUUCAUAACAUUAUUUAUUGAAUUGCAGUGUUGGGAUGGAGAUGUGAUGAUGGUGGAAUGGAUUUUGUCCUUCCAUGUGCCGUCCCUAACAUAGUCCCGAACAACGGACAUUUGUUAGACAGACGCGCCGGGAGUUCACAUCCACGAGGAGGAGUAAAGGAGUUUACUCCUGCAUUUGAGGAGGCGAACAGCCCCACAGAAAAAUGCGAGAAUAAAGUCUUGAAAUCAUUAAAGAAGGGAUGGAAGACUGUAAGGCGCCCAUUCCUUCAUAAUGAUAAAGUGGAAACACUGAUUCCUUCAGAGCUUAAUGCAGAUUCAGCUAAUGUAAAGGAUGAUGCUGGUCUGGCGAGCUCUGAAUUAAACAAUAAGAUCAAACCGGAAAAACAACGAAUGGCAUUCUUUGACUGUCUCCGGAGGGGCAAGGUGGAGUCAGUGCCGACUCCCCUGCUUAAAGCGGAUCCAGCUAUCCCUGAUGUUAGGGAAGUUGUUGAUCUUGCAUCACAGUCAAAGACCUACGUUGGUCCGAAGAAACAGAAACAAAAGGCUUCAAAGAGCCGCAAAUCUAACCUCCAGGGAGAAAAAGUGACUGUUGUGCCAACUCAACAGCCCAAGGCUAUUUCAGAUAUUCCUGUUGGCAUGGAUGUUCCUGCUCUGGCCGCCCCCCAAUCAAAACCAAAGAUUCGUCCGGAUAAACGCAUGACAUUGACGCAACGCUUCUUUGGAUGCUUCCGGAGGGGCAAAGUGGAGUCGAUGCCGACUUCACAGAUUGAGGCCGAUCCAGCUAUCCCUGAUGCCAGGGAAGUUGUUGAUCUGGCAGAUUCUCAAUCGAAGAGUGUUGGCUUAAAGAAACAAAAACAAAAGGCUUCAAAGAGCCGCUCAUUUCACAACCCUUGGAGUAAAAAAGGGAAGAGUAAAGUGAAAAAAGAUGCCGAUCCAGCUAUUCCUGAUGCCAUGGAUGGUGCGGAUCUGGCCAGUUUUGGUGGCAUCGCUACAGCCAAUGCCAGGCUACAGACGUUAGGUGCCAUUCCAGAGAAUAUUGGGUUAAAAGGUGGUGGAAAUCCUGACCCAAAUAAAGCAAAAAAUCCUGGGUCAAAAGAAGAUGGAAAUCCUGAGGCGAAAGGUGGUAAAAAUCCCAGGCCAAAAGCUCUUAAAGCUCUUGGAAAUCCCAGACGUCCUUGGAUUCCUAACCCAAGUAGAACUAAAAAUCCUGGACCAAAAGAAGAUAAAAAUCCCAGACCAAAAGAUUUUGAAAAUCCCAGAAAUCCCUCGCUAGAAGAUGAUAAAGUUGUCAGGCCAAAAGUUAUAAAUGUUGUUCAACAAGCUUUUGAACCGCCAAGCGAGAAGAAACCAGCUGAUCCCUCAGUGCCUAAAGACACUUUUGAUUGUAAAUAUCAACUCUUGGAGGAUGAAGUGCUUGGGGAAGGGUGCAGUGGCAGAGUGUACAAAGGGAUUUAUAAAUCAAAUGGCACUCCGGUUGCCAUCAAGCGAAUUUCCAAACGAAAGACUGACACAUAUCUUCAGUCUCCUGGAUACCCCAAACCACUUAUUACAGAAGUGGCGCUGAUGCUUAAGUUAAGAGAUGCGCCCUUUUGCCCCAAUGUCAUAGAGAUGUAUGACUGGUAUGAGACAAAACACUUUUACACGCUCGUGUUGGAGUACCCACUGCACAGCGAAUCCUUGUUGAAAUUUGUUCAGCAUGAAGAAAAACUAAGUGAAAAUACAGCAAGACAUCUCAUGCGUCAGGCGGUACUGGCAGUGCAACACUGUCUGGAUAAUGGAGUUUUUCACACCGACAUCCAUCCCGGAAACUUCUUGAUGCAGCAAUCAACAAUGAGCCUGAAGUUAAUUGACUUUGGGGCUGGACAUUAUCUGACGCAUGAUGAUGUCUGUGAUACCGAUGACUUUACGGGAGCUCCAUGUUACACCCCAUUAUACGCCAUGCAAACAAAUGUCUGGGCCUUAGGUACUGUGCUGUACUACAUGGUGCUUGGAACUUUCAAAAACAUUAAUUCCAGGAAUCUGAAGACAACUGAGACGCGUUUAUCAAAGGAAAUCUGUGAUCUGGUAAGAUGGUGCCUGGCCCCGAAUCCAAGGGAUCUUCCGACGCUCAAGCAGAUAUUAGAUCAUGAUUGGUUUAAAACUAAGUCUGACGAAGAAGAGCUACUCGUAUACAAAAGGAGGGCAAUAUCCACACAAUUAAAAGAAGGAUGAAGCUGAAUGACUGAAGGAGAGGGGAAUGAUUGGAGAUGCUGUUUUCAUCAUCCUGAGAUGUUUGGAGUUUGAAGGAGGUUGUAUUUCAGACUUCAUGAACACAGACCGCUGGCUGAACGUCUGAUGCAGAUCCUGUCUCAUCCUUGAACACAUUAAAAAAAUGUUUUAAUUCUUAAUGUUUUUAUUUUUUUAAAGUUGUAAAAUAAAGUAUCUAAUAUAUAGUAAGUCCUCUAUAGAAUCAGCGAUGUCUGGCUCUCUCUCUAGGGUUUUUUUUCUCCUAGGAGUUUAGGGAGUCAGGUUUAUUAAUGUAAAGCUGCUUUGAAAUAAUUAAAGAUGCAGUUUGUAUUAUUUGCGCCGAUAGAUGGCGCCAGAUCAAACAACAAAAAUGAUGUUGUUUACUGACGCUCUGAAGCAGCGUGGAAUUAUGGGAUUUGUAGUCUUUAACUCAACCGCUGAUGGCCAUGAAUCAGACGAGAACGAGAAAUCACGUUGAUGGAUAAUGUAAUCAAGUCUUAUAAAUGUUGCGUUUGAUGACAUUGUUUAUUUCAUUAUGUAAGUUUAUAUGUGAUGUUCAAAACGAAAUUUUCAGUCAUAUAUAUUUCAGUAUUAGUCCAAAUUCGAUGGUAAACACAGCACAGAAUUAAGUUUUCAACUUACAAUCUACAAUGAUUUUUCACAUAAUGUAUUGACAGUACAAAUUUUAUUGUGAUUUAUCUCUGCAAUUAGAAUGCCGAAUAGGGACAAAAUACAUUUUUAAAACACGUUUUAGAGAUUGUGUAUGCGGUAACUAGUGUUAUUUUGUGGAUUUUGGUGUAUAUUGUAAUUGGGUAUUUAACCCGGUUUGUUCAUUGUAUGUUUUUGUAUGGUUACAUAUGUUCGCACUGGCUGUGUUUUUGAUGUCCAAGACAAAUUUCUCAGAAAUGAGACAAUAAAGUAUAAAAAAUAAAGAGAAAGCCACAGUGAGUUGUGAAAGUGUUGAUUCUGUGUUGCAGCCACGAACCUUCUAAAGAAGGAGAGCACGAAUCCAGUACCAGAGAAAUACCUACCGUAUCUGUUGAUGCCAGUCCACCUGUAAGAAAGAGAGAAAGCCACAGUGAGUUGUGAAAGUGUUGAUUCUGUGUUGCAGUCACGAACCCUCUAAGAGGGAGAGCACGAAUCCCGUACCAGAGAAAUACCUACUGUAUCUGCUGAUGCCAGUCCACCUGUAGAAAGGAGUGAGAGAUACCCACAAUGAGUUGUGAAAGUGUUGAUUCUGUGUUGCAGCCCCGAGCCCCCACAGGAGGAGAAACCACGAACUAGCCACCUGAAGUGAAGAGGAAGUGACUGCAGUUAAAGGUGAAGUGUGAAAUUGUGUGGAAGCUAAAGUGCACCCUCAUGUUACCGCUUCGAGCCUCUAAAAGAGGAGAAACCAUGAACCAGCGACCUGAAGGAAGGAGAAAGUGACUGCAGUUAAAGGUGAAGUGUGGAACCGUAAAAAGACGAAGUGUGAACCUGGGUAAAGGUGAAGUGUGAUCCUAUGUUACAGCUCUGAGCCCCUGAAGGAGAAAAGUCGAAGCAGUUACCUGCAAAAAUACUCACGAGAUCCACUGCUGCCACUACCUGCAAGUAAGAGAAAUCUUGGUCAUUUCGAAGAAUAACUAUACUGUGUCGCAGAAGAGGACAGGCCACUGGAGAGUACUAUAUACAGUUGCAGGGAUCCCCUUCGACAGUCUGCCUCCCGGAAAGCGGAGGGCGCCACGGGAUCAAGGAGGAGCCUCUUAAGAGCCCCUUCCCUUGCGUAACGUCUGUCUAGGCCAGAAGAGGCCCUCAUUUUAAGUCCCCUCCCCCUUGUCGCAACGUCUUGCCUAGGCCAGAAGAGGCCUUUAUUUUUAAGUCCCCCUUCCCCUUUCCUGAUUUUUCAUUUUAAAUAAUUUAAAUAAAGUUUCAUUUUUAAUUUACUUGUACAUUGUGUGUCUGGUCAUUGGGGUGGCUUUGGGAACCUCCUAGAGGUGGAAACUAAAAGGGGCGUGGCCUUAUAGUAUCUGGGUCCGCCCCGACUUGUGAUAUAAACACAAAAUGAAGACCAAGACUUACCCACAGCAUUACGCACACACUUCACGUGAAAUAGGGACUUGGCCAGCUCAACCCAGGUCUCUCGUGUGAUUGGUUGGGCGUUGUUCUUAGCACAAAAGGGAAAGGCUCUUGGGUAUCGUCGUCGGACCUCCCAAAUACUCUUAGUACACUUCUCUCAGCUCGCCCACGCUUCUCUCACCAGUGGGGCCAAACUCGGAAUUGUCAAACUCACAACAUAGGUUAGAUAAAUAGACUCACUUUAACAUUACUCCGUACGAUACAUUCAAAUUACUCACAUGCAAUGGGGUCCGUUUCACAGGGCGUGUUUUCCUACUUGUACUCCAAUGUUAUUCCCCGGCUCGCCCACGCUUCCCUCCACCGUGGGGCCGUAGCUGUUCAGCACACUCACAACACAUGUCAGAUAACUCUACCUUCUUAAUAUUUCGUACGAUAUUC